AUGCCACUUUCACCAUCGCGCAACAUGACUCCACCGCCAUCAUACCACAGCAUCCUGCCACCAAGCUACCACACACUCUACCCACCCGACUCAACGCUGCCCACAUACUCUGCAUCGACAGACUUUGUUCAGGGCCCUUCUAUCCCACGAUCCAACUCAGCUCGCUGCCUUCACCUGCUCAGCGCGGUCUCGGCAUUCUUCUUCUACAUCUGCGCUCUCGUUCUUCUCGCAUCGAGAUACAGCGCGUACCUUGUCUACGCUCAAAACAGCGAGGACUUCGCCUCACAGGUCCCGGACUUGCUCGUCUCGGGACUGAUUGUGGUCGUUGGCCUCGCGGUUCUGAUCUGCUUUGGCAUCCAUCGCAGCCUGCAGAAGAUCUAUGCCAUGAUGACUGAGCCUGGCCAGGUGACCGAGGAGGAGACUUUGAUGACGGAAGUCUAG